GAGGCGACAGGCCACCAUCCCCACAUCCCCGCUUCCACCUCGCUGCUUCCUCCCACGCCCAACCCUCCACGUGCAAAAACUCAACGAACCACGACUAUGUGCAACACACCGUUCAAGCUCUAGCCGAGUUAAAGCGGCUUAUGACAGAACGUGACAUAUGAUGCGGGACGGGAUGGUGGGCACCGCCUUAAGCCUGCACGAUGGCUUGAGCCCUUGGGCUUGUGUUGUUACCACGAUCAGGAUACAUGAUUGAUGACUUCCCAAGGCUUUUGGAACAGGUUCGGGUUACUGCAGAAAGAUAGAGAGAUAUGCGUAAGAGCCGUGCAGAAUUACUAUGGGGGAUGUGAAGUGGAAGAGUUUGAGGAGCAGGGCUACUGCAGUUGUACGAUUCUCGUCCCGCCAUCGAGAAGCGUGUCUACAAUCAACGACACUCUUCCUGUGGUUCCUGCAGACACGCGCGGCGAGGAACGACCUGCUUUCAUCAUCCAGCUUCGACCGGCACUGCACGCCCUUGACCUCAACAUCGUACGUGCUGCUAGCAUGACUUAUCCAACGCUAGUUCCAACUAUCGAACUUCUCGAAUUAGCAUUACCUGGAGGCAUAUGUGCCUAUGAGAUGGAAAAACUUGAAGGCGUACAGUUGCGUCGUUUGCAGGGGCGUGAACGUUCACUCGAUGCUGGCUCAAGGGAACAACUACAACGUCUCGUCGCGAGUCUUGCGGACCUUAUCGCGCAAAGUUGGCACUCACCACAUAGGACCCAGUUCAUUUCGAGAGCGACACGAGUGGACUCGCCUAUUGAUGAGAGUCCAUCGGUGCUCUCGAAGUGCCGCGGCAAGGUCGGCUCAACCAUUGUUUCUAGGCUCAAGAAGUUAGCUGCUGAGCUGCCGGACACACAUCUCCGCAAAAGAGCAAGCGAAGUAUUGCGCGCAGUGCAGCGGAUAAGUGAUUAUCCAGUGACAAUCAAUCACGGAGAUCUCAUCCCAUCUAAUAUUUUGGUUGACAAGAAUACCUGGAAGAUCACAGGCCUAGUGGAUUGGGCGGAGGCAGAAUACUUACCUUUCGGAACCUGUCUGUACGGACUCGAACAUCUCCUUGGAUAUAUCACUCCACCUGCCUCCGGUAUUGCACUUAUAUGGACAUACUUUGACGGUGCGGCACAGCUUCGUGAGUUGUUUUGGACGCGGUUAAUCGACGCCGUGCCGGAACUGGGGGCCCGAAUGGAAGAUGUAAGGGUGAUGAGAGAUUUAGGCGUGCUACUCUGGUAUGGUAUCGCUUGGGAUGAGGGUGCUAUCGAUCGCAUUGUUAAUGAGGUGGAUGAUGUGGAGGAGGUGACCGAACUUCGUGCUUUUCUAACUGUAUGUUGAGACGAGAUCGUGCGAGGCAUAUAUGAAGAGCGCAUCGGUUAUGUCUCUACCUUUGUCAUCUGAGUUCUUUCGAUUCGUCUUCCUAAUGUUCUACUCUGACUCUAUCAAGCAACAUGCUCGUCAAUGUUAUGGAUCGCGCGCGCGUCGCACUUUCUCCUCCGAUGGUGGGCGCCCCUUCCUAUACACAGCGUACCUUCUGUAUACACUUAGGCAACGUUUCAAACCUUACGAUUCAUGUUUACUCUCUUCUGAUCUGUAUUUCAUCACUCUUGUCACUCUGCUUCACCUCAUCAUACUGAUCAAAGCAAAAGCGUU